UUCUUAGUGCUGGUUUCAAGUGAAGGAAUCUUUCCUUUACUGAUAAAAAGAAGGUGCAUUAGUUAUUAUUGGAAUAAACACUGCUACUCUCCGUCUAUGUUGCCUUAGACAUACGCAUCUGAUUCUUUCCCCAAAACCUCAACCAUGAUAAGAUUUGCACAGUUUCCACUACUGCAUUUAGGAAAGAUGUAAAGCUAAGGUUCUGAAGAAUGGUAAAAAUCGGAAUCAGAUACGUCCUGCUACAACAGUGGCUUCUCCCACUAUAUAAACACAACAACAAUGGGUUGGCUUCUGCCACUAGAUAAAACCGGUCCUUUCUUGAAAUCACAUUGAUCAGGUUUUGGAGUCUUGUCUUUGCAUUUACGGGAUGGACAGGAGGGUGGAGAAGGACGAAGGAAGAGAAAUAAAGAAGAGGAUCGUCAUUGGAUCAUGGGGUGGUCAUGGUGGAGCCCCUUUGGAUGAUGGUAGUUUCAAUGGAGUGAGAGAAAUUACCCUUGUCUAUUCUCUUUGUAUAGACUCCAUCACUGUGAUCUAUGACCAAAAUGGCCAGCCUUAUUCAUCAGAGAAGCAUGGAGGAGUUGGAGGCAGUAAAACUGCGCAGAUUAAGCUGCAAUUUCCAGAAGAAUAUCUGACGAGUGUUAGUGGCUAUUAUUCUCCGGUGGUGCAUGGUGGCAGUCCUGUUAUAAGAUCCCUCACUUUUAGCAGCAACAAACGAAAAUUUGGACCAUUUGGUGUUGAAGGAGGAACACCAUUUUCAAUGCCAAUGGAAGGUGGCCAGAUUGUAGGGUUUAAGGGGAGAAGUGGAUGGUAUUUAGAUGCUAUUGGCUCCAAUAUAGCUAAAGUAAAGACAACUACAGUCUUACAGAAGGCUCAACAAAGUCUCCUGAAACUUGCAUCUUCUGUGUCUAUGAACUACAGAUAUGGAGAUGAACCAAAAAAGUACUCUUAUUUCUUCAAACCAAGUAUUCCAAAAACUGAGACAUAAGGAACUUCACCUCGAAUCAGUCAACUUGGAUCUGAUUCGAGCAAUCCAAAGAAGAGUGUUUACAAGGGAAAGAUCUCCCUAAGAAGACUUGUGUUCAUUCAUAAUCUGUAACUUAUCUGUACUAAAAAGAUAAAGUACUAUGAUUUAACAAUCCAUUUCCAGUUAAAGUUUAUGCUUUAGCUUUA